AUGGCUAGACCCGAUGGGUCCAUCCCGACAUCAUCUUCGUCAUCAUCACUUCGAUCUCAGGCGCAGCGAGCCGAAGAAGCCAUCACCGCCGCGACCUCACAAAAGGCGGCACUCGCUGCCGCUAUCGAUGCCGCUGAGCAGUACAUGAGGGCCUUGCGCCUUGCAUCCCCCGAUGACAAAAAGAACUUAGAUUCCAAAUGCAAGGAACUCAUAACUCGAGCCGAAGCGAUCAAAUCCGCUACCGACUGGCGAUCAGCCGCCCAACCAAAAGCUGCUACACCUAACUUGCGGCCCCCCACAUCCACGCGAAAGCUCACUACCCGUGAAGAAAUUAUCAUACUUGAGGGUGCAAAGCUCAAUGGCUUUAUCUUCCCACCAUGGAGUCGCCCACCGGCUCCGACGGAAUUCGUAACAUAUGACGAAGAUGCCCACUUUACGGACACACCAGACUUGCACCUCUCACAAUGUCAACGCGAUAUAUUUGCCGGUUGGAAAAGACCUGCAGAUAUCCUGCUUGCCAGCCAGCAACCCAAUGGUACCGAGCCGGUCAUGUCGGUGACAGGAAUGACCGAUCUAGUACAAGAUGUACUCACAGACUGUUCUGUGGUUGCUAGCCUAUGCGCUACCACCUCCCGAUCAGAACGGGGUCUAGGAAAGCAUGCAUCCCCCGCCAUGUACCCCUGUGAAGGAGAUCCUACCAACCCGACUCUUUCACCCACUGGGAAAUACAUCUUCUCAUUCUAUUUUAAUGGCUCGUUUAGAAAGGUAGUCAUAGAUGACCGCUUGCCAUCCUCCAAAACAUCCCGGUCGCUCCAUGUGAUCGACCGGAAGAACCCCAAUUUCCUCUGGCCUGCACUUGUUGAAAAGGCUUACCUGAAAGUGCACGGUGGUUAUGAUUUCCCCGGAAGCAAUUCAGGGACCGACUUGUGGGUGCUGACCGGUUGGAUUCCCGAACAAGUCUUUUUGCAUAAUGAAGAUGCUACGUCAGACGAGAUCUGGGGCCGCUUGUUCAAGGCAUUUUCAUAUGGCGAUGUGGUGCUAACUAUUGGCACUGGAAGAUUAACCGAGCUGGAACAGCAAGGCCUGGGGUUGGUGAGCGAGCAUGACUAUGCGAUUCUGGACAUGAAGGAAGCCCAAGGGCGUCGCCAGUUCCUCUUGAAGAAUCCAUGGGCUGGCGCGGAGCCUGCAAGCAUGCGGGCCAGUCUAGAUCACCUACCGUCUCCUCUAUCGCCAGGGACCUUUUGGAUGGAUUGUGAAGAAGUCCUACAGAACUUCGAAAAUCUCUAUCUGAACUGGAACCCUGGGUUGUUCAAAUAUCGACAGGAUAUUCACUUUACCUGGGAUCUUUCCCACGGGCGUGUCAUUUCAGGAUGUUUCGUCAAAAACCCCCAAUUCUCCGUCUACAGCGAGUCUGGGGGCACCGUGUGGCUACUCCUUGGCAAACAUUUCAAAGCCGACCACCAUCACUUCAUGAAAGACGCCGACCCUAAAGACAGGGAAUUGGGCUUCAUUAGUAUUUACAUCUUCAAGGCUGAUGGCAAACGUGUAUCUCUCACCGACGGGGCACUUCAUCGGGGACCGUAUGUCGACUCUCCAAACACACUGAUGAGACUCGAGAUGCCGCCAAAGACAACAUAUACUGCCGUGAUCUCGGAGCAAUCGCUACCUUCCUCGACUCAAAACUUCACUCUGUCCGCUUUUUCAACUCAUCCCGUAUCUCUAGCGCCGUCCCGAGACAAGUACAUGUGCCUCAGCAAGGCAGUGGGUUCCUGGACUUCCUUGACAGCCGGCGGAAACGCAGAGUCAGCUCGGUACUCAUUCAACCCUCAAUUCAGCCUGCAGGUAUCCGAGAAGACGGACGUAUCUAUCCUUCUGGAAUCAGACGAAGCUGAACUCGCCAUCCACGUGAAGAUUUUCUGGUCAAAUGGUCAGCGCGUGUCGAGAGUACGCAAUCGAGAUAUUAUAGCCGACAGUGGUGACUACCGUCGCGGGUGUGCUCUGGCCGAGACCAAGUCCCUUGGGAAGGGGGUAUACACCCUCGUGUGCUCGACCUUCGCGCCAGACCAGAUUGGUCGUUUCACUCUAUGGAUCUCAUCUGACAUACCCUGCACCGUGCAAUCCUUAGCCUCCGAAUCUGCCGGUCGUCGAGUGGCUUUAUCUGACGUCGGCGUUCUCCAUCCCGGGAAAGAUAGGAUGAUGGCUUCUCUGCAGACGUCUCGUUUAACCCGACUCAAGCUCGUUGCGAGGAAUAAACUAUCGAAGAUUGGAUCUCGUUCCGUUGCGCCGUCGCCAGUAUUGAUGACUGUGGAACUCGGUCAGGGCCCAUAUAAAGAAAUCCUGGCUGCAUCAGAAGAUGGAACUUAUUGCGACGCUGCAUCGGGAGUGCGGGUGGAAGACUUUGAUUUAUCCCCGAGUCUAGAGCUUCAAAACCAGGUGUGGAUUGUGAUUGAGCGAGUUGGAGGCCCGGGAGGACAAGUUGAGGAUCAUUUUGAGGUGGAGGUGUUGUCGGAGGAGCGGGUUGAGGUCGGGGGAUGGAUUGUAGAGGAUCCAUGA